CAUCGGAGUGCUUCUUCAUUCUGUGUGAUUUGGAGUUUUAGCUGGGUAAAGGCCUGCCAAACAUCCGCGUCUCCCCUGUUUCUUGCGCUUGGCUCAGAACCAAGAAUUCCUCCAUGAAUUUUUACUUCGAUGCCGCUAAUGUUCUGGACCGAAUUGUCGCGAAGAAAGGGUCCAUUAAAGGGAUACUCGCUGAAGUGAACCAGAAAGAUCGUAAGCGGAUGUCGGCCGCUGUCAUUCGCACUUUGGAAUAUAAACCAGUUCUCAUUGAAAUUAUUCAGAAAGCGUCUUUGCUCAGAGAGGAGAGGAAGCUUAUAACCUCCACCAAUCUGGCCUUACUUUUGGUGCAUGAUCUUCUCUUCUCAAAAGGUAUCCAAGCAGGGGAUGGCCCAAUUAAGCGGGCCAUACUGAGGCACAAAACUCGUCUGCAUUCAGAACUCGUUAAAAUCAAAAUAAAACGAGGCAUUAAGGAUAAUGCGCAACUUGGUGUAUCGACGGAUACUCGUACAGCCAAUAUCCCCAGAUACGUUCGGGUGAACAGGAACGCUGGCUCUCUGCAUGAAAUACUCAUCCAUCUCAAGAGGACCUUUCCUAAAGUCCCAGAUUGCGAAGUCCUCCCCCAUAAACUGGAUCCUGAAACUGUUUACUGGGAUCCGCACAUCAGCGACCUGCUCGCAUUCAAUCCAUCCGUAUCAUUUCAAAAUGACCCUGCAUAUCUGGACGGAAGGUUGAUACUUCAGGAUAAAGCUUCUUGCCUCCCAGCGUUCCUCCUCGCUCCGCCCAUCGACAAGGAGAUACACGCUAUCGAUGCGACUGCUGCACCCGGGAACAAAACGUCUCAUCUAAGUGUCAUGAUGGGCAACAAAGGCAAGAUUUAUGCCUUCGAGCGUGACAGCCGGCGAUUCAAGACACUGGAACAAAUGCUCGCCAAAGCUCGUUGCGAGAACGUAGAAGCGACAUGUGCGGAUUUUCUGUGUGCGAACCCCUUGGAUGUCAAGUAUGGGAAGGUGUCGCACAUCCUGAUAGACCCAUCUUGUAGUGGAUCGGGGAUAGUCAAUCGCAUGGACUACCUAAUGGAAAACGAUUCCGACUCUGGAGGCGCUCAAAGCGACCGGCUUUUGAAAUUGGCGGAAUUCCAACUGCGUAUGAUUGACCAUGCAAUGAAGUUUCCCAACGCCCAAAAGAUCGUCUACUCGACAUGCAGCGUGCACCCCCAGGAGAACGAGCACGUUGUUCGACAGGCGCUCAAGUCGGAAGUAGCCAUCCGACGGCAUUUUCGCCUAGCUCCUCGUUCCCUUGUCUUGCCCAGUUGGGCUAGGCGAGGACUGCAUGGGGAAAUGAACUGCCCUGGUGAGUAGUCGCUCGGAUUGGUAUGUUGUUCAGUCGAUGCGGGGGUUCAGAUUCCAAUGGAAGACUCCCUGGCUGUUUCCGUUCUGCCCUCAUUUUACUUACGCGAGCGAUGAUUAACCCUUUAUAGAUGAUGCUGAAUCACUCAUUCGUACCUCACCAGAGGAGGAUCGCACUAAUGGGUUCUUCGUGGCAGUAUUUGUUCGAUCAGAAGAUGCGG